CCGGCAGCCGCCGCUGCCGCCGCCGCCGCCGUCCGGCUUGGGGACCGGUUCGGACCGGUUCGGUCCGGUCUGGCCCGGCCCCGACAUGAUGAUCCACGGGUUCCAGAGCAGCCACCAGGACUUCUCCUUCGGGCCCUGGAAGCUGACGGCGGCCAAGACGCACAUCAUGAAGUCGGCCGAUGUGGAGAAGCUAGCUGAUGAACUGCAUAUGCCUUCCCUCCCCGAAAUGAUGUUUGGAGACAAUGUCCUACGAAUCCAGCACGGUUCUGGCUUUGGGAUUGAGUUCAAUGCCACCGACGCUCUGAGAUGUGUUAACAAUUACCAAGGAAUGCUGAAAGUGGCCUGUGCCGAAGAAUGGCAAGAGAGCAGGGCCGAGGGCGAACACUCUAAGGAGGUGGUGAAGCCGUACGACUGGACCUAUACAACAGACUACAAAGGAACGUUACUGGGAGAGACCGUGAAGUUGAAGGUUGUGCCUACCACCGACCACAUAGACACGGAGAAAUUGAAAGCCAGGGAACAGAUCCGGUUCUUUGAGGAAGUCCUGCUCUUUGAGGAUGAACUUCACGACCACGGCGUGUCAAGCUUGAGUGUGAAAAUUAGAGUCAUGCCCUCCAGCUUCUUCUUGUUGUUAAGAUUUUUCCUGAGGGUGGAUGGUGUGCUCAUAAGGAUGAAUGAUACCAGGCUUUACCAUGAGGCUGACAAGUCCUUCAUGUUACGAGAGUACACCUCGAGAGAGAGCAAAAUCGGCAACCUAAUGCACGUCCCCCCGUCCCUCUUCACGGAGCCCAACGAGAUAUCCCAGUAUCUGCCCAUCAGGGAGGCGAUGUGCGAAAAGCUGGAAUUCCCCGAGAGGAUCGAGGCUCCGCCGACAGAGAAGCCAGCCGGUCUGAACCCCGUGUCCAAGUAAAAAACGCCUUCCCUGGUGACCUCGCAGCCGAACCUGCCACCUUCCCCACCCCCAUCCUUAGGGUUUUCAACCCCGCUCCCCACAACGGUUUCUCUCCUGGAAAGAACCAGGCACCCUUGCCCACGGUCAGGUUCGCGGCGAUCUCCAGGGAAAGAAAAAGCCGCAGACCUCGCCACCGGUUCCACCCGGCUGCCGUUUCGUCCCGUCCAUCCCCGAGGCCACGUUGAGGGAGAUGGGUUGGGCGGACCAGGAGCAGCCAGUGCCGCCAAGUCGAAUCUCGGCGGCUGGCAGUCAGUCGUGACGGGAGGGACCCGUGUCCGUUGAGAAGUCCCACCCCCCACGAAUGCGGUCUCCCCGAUCGCGGUUUCUCUUUGCAAACCUCUGUAACGUUCCCGGAUCGUGAACGGCAAGGGAGCCACUGCGAAGACCCGCCACUCCAGCAGUUCGUUAAUCCGCCCUCUUGGAUCGCCUCCCGGAACAAAAACCUUUCCAGUCGCUCCUCUCUUUAAGCCGAUCCUUUCACGAGGUUUUGAGGUAAAGCCGGCAGAAAUGGAACAGAAAAAUCGGGUUCAGACGGAGGAGGGGUUUCAAGCGAGCACAUCCCUGGAUCUGUGGUGAGAGGCGGAGGGAGUUUUUUUAUUUUGAAUCUCCAGUCCACUGUUAAAUCAUCCUCCCCGUCCCCUUCAACAGUUUUAGGGAGCCGACCCGCCGAUCUUGUGUUGCCAUUUUCCAUGGGAGCAUCUUUCUGAAUUAAAAAGCAGAAUGAAACUGAAGUUAGCAUCAGUAUUUAAAAGUUGGAAUGACACUGUUAAUGUUUAAAAGGACACCUCAGUUUUGUCAACUCUAAAGUAAGAUCUUUUUGCCUGCAGAGGGGAAAAAUAAAAGGUGUUUAUUUGUGG